AUUCGACAUGGGAAGAGACUUGUUUUGUUUCUCUUGUCAUCUUCACAACAAAAACCCAUCUCCUCCUCCUCCUCCUCCUCCUCCUCCUCCUCCUCCUUCAUAAUCAUCACACUACCGUUACAGCACAUCUCUUAAAUUAGGGUUUUGAAAUCUGAUUAAUAUCAUGUUAAUAUAAAGAGAGAGAAAGUGAAAGAGGCGUUUUAAUUGGUACUUACUUUCCUUGUAUUUUCAUUAGUCAUAAGAGCAGGAGUAAAAUUCAUGUGCUGCUGGGUUUUAUCUCUCUCAUUGUUUUUGUGAUCUUCUCCUUUUCUUUUCCUUCUGCUGGUGGUGCUGGUGGUGGUGAGUAUUUGAGAGAUUGAGAGAUAGAGAGAGAUCCAUAAUCCAUCCAUUGAGAUGGAGGAAGGGAAAUUGUUUCAGUGGAGUGUAUUUCGUUCACUGCUUGCAAUUCUUCAAUGGUGGGGUUUUAAUGUCACUGUUAUUAUCAUGAACAAAUGGAUCUUUCAGAAACUGGAUUUUAAAUUCCCGUUAUCAGUUUCUUGCGUUCACUUCAUAUGCUCAGCUAUUGGAGCAUACAUUGCCAUCAAGAUCCUGAAGAUCAAGCCGCUGAUUGUGGUUGAAUCUGAAGACCUCUGGAGAAGGAUAUUCCCAAUGUCAUUUGUGUUCUGUAUCAACAUAGUAUUGGGAAAUGUAAGCUUACGAUACAUUCCUGUCUCUUUUAUGCAGACAAUAAAAUCAUUCACUCCUGCAACUACAGUUGUUCUGCAGUGGCUAAUUUGGAGGAAAUUCUUUGACUGGCGGAUUUGGUCUUCCUUGGUACCCAUUGUGGGAGGAAUUCUUCUCACUUCUGUUACUGAACUCAGUUUUAAUGUAUUUGGAUUUUGUGCUGCAUUGUUUGGAUGUCUGGCUACAUCCACAAAAACUAUUUUGGCAGAGUCUCUGCUGCAUGGAUUUAAAUUUGAUAGUAUAAAUACUGUGUACUACAUGGCACCAUUUGCAACCAUGAUCUUGGCUGUGCCAGCACUGCUACUGGAAGGGGCUGGGGUGGUGGACUGGUUUCAAACACAUGACAAUAUUAUUUCGGCCCUUAUCAUCAUUAUCAGCUCUGGUGUAUUGGCCUUCUGCCUCAAUUUCUCCAUCUUUUAUGUCAUCCAUUCCACAACUGCGGUCACUUUUAAUGUUGCUGGUAAUCUUAAGGUUGCAGUGGCCGUACUGGCGUCCUGGCUGGUAUUUAAAAAUCCUAUACCGGCUAUGAACGCUUUGGGAUGUGCGAUAACGCUGAUUGGAUGUACGUUUUACGGGUACGUUAGGCACAAACUCUCCCAAAUACCAGCACCACCGGGUACCCCUCGAACUCCGCGAACACCUCGAAGCCGGAUGGAGAUGAGUCCUCUUGUAAAUGAUAAAUUAGAUGAUAAGGUCUAGCUGCUUAAUAAGUUAUAGAAGAUCACAUGAUGCAUGCUUGUUGUGAUGCCCUUACCCCCACAGCCAGCAAAGGGUUAAAAGAGAGGAUAGAAAGACUGACUAAAUUAUAGUCUCACCAUAUUUUGUCUUUGUAAACUUGCUUUAAUGAAUUUUAGUAUUUUUAAGAUUCUCCUUAUCACCUCAUCUAAAGUUCAGUGCUGAACUAUUGAUACUUUUUUUUUUCUUUAACAUAGAUCAAUAGAGGGAACCUUAUCCCAAAUGGUUUUAU